GGACUCAGAGGGUAGGUAGGCUGGCUGACCACUAGGUUUGGAAGCCCCAGGCAGCUGGCUCUAAAGAGGCCCCAGGUCAGUAGCCAGACAUGAGCUGUGAGGGUCAAGCACAGCUAUCCAUCAGAUGAUCUACUUUCAGCCUUCCUGAGUCCCAGACAAUAGAAGACAGGUGGCUGUACCCUUGGCCAAGGGUAGGUGUGGCAGUGGUGUCUGCUGUCACUGUGCCCUCAUUGGCCCCCAGCAAUCAGACUCAACAGACGGAGCAACUGCCAUCCGAGGCUCCUGAACCAGGGCCAUUCACCAGGAGCAUGCAGCUCCCUGAUGUCCAGCUCUGGCUGGUGCUGCUGUGGGCACUGGUGCGAGCACAGGGGACAGGGUCUGUGUGUCCCUCCUGUGGGGGCUCCAAACUGGCACCCCAAGCAGAACGAGCUCUGGUGCUGGAGCUAGCCAAGCAGCAAAUCCUGGAUGGGUUGCACCUGACCAGUCGUCCCAGAAUAACUCAUCCUCCACCCCAGGCAGCGCUGACCAGAGCCCUCCGGAGACUACAGCCAGGGAGUGUGGCUCCAGGGAAUGGGGAGGAGGUCAUCAGCUUUGCUACUGUCACAGACUCCACUUCAGUCCACAGCUCCCUGCUCACUUUUCACCUGUCCACUCCUCGGUCCCACCACCUGUACCAUGCCCGCCUGUGGCUGCACGUGCUCCCCACCCUUCCUGGCACUCUUUGCUUGAGGAUCUUCCGAUGGGGACCAAGGAGGAGGCGACAAGGGUCCCGCACCCUCCUGGCUGAGCACCACAUCACCAACCUGGGCUGGCAUGCCUUAACUCUGCCCUCUAGUGGCUUGAGGGCUGAGAAGUCUGGUGUCCUGAAACUGCAACUAGACUGCAGACCCCUAGAAGGCAACAGCACAGUUACUGGACAACCAAGGCAGCUCCUGGACACAGCAGGACACCAGCAGCCCUUCCUAGAGCUUAAGAUCCAAGCCAAUGAGCCUGGAGCAGGCCGGGCCAGGAGGAGGACCCCCACCUGUGAGCCUGCGACCCCCUUAUGUUGCAGGCGAGACCAUUACGUAGACUUCCAGGAACUGGGAUGGCGGGACUGGAUACUGCAGCCCGAGGGGUACCAGCUGAAUUACUGCAGUGGGCAGUGCCCUCCCCACCUGGCUGGCAGCCCAGGCAUUGCUGCCUCUUUCCAUUCUGCCGUCUUCAGCCUCCUCAAAGCCAACAAUCCUUGGCCUGCCAGUACCUCCUGUUGUGUCCCUACUGCCCGAAGGCCCCUCUCUCUCCUCUACUUGGAUCAUAAUGGCAAUGUGGUCAAGACGGAUGUGCCAGAUAUGGUGGUGGAGGCCUGUGGCUGCAGCUAGCAAGAGGACCUGGGGCUUUGGAGUGAAGAGACCAAGAUGAAGUUUCCCAGGCACAGGGCAUCUGUGACUGGAGGCAUCAGAUUCCUGAUCCACACCCCAACCCAACAACCACCUGGCAAUAUGACUCACUUGACCCCUAUGGGACCCAAAUGGGCACUUUCUUGUCUGAGACUCUGGCUUGUUCCAGGUUGGCUGAUGUGUUGGGAGAUGGGUAAAGCGUUUCUUCUAAAGGGGUCUACCCAGAAAGCAUGAUUUCCUGCCCUAAGUCCUGUGAGAAGAUGUCAGGGACUAGGGAGGGAGGGAGGGAAGGCAGAGAAAAAUUACUUAGCCUCUCCCAAGAUGAGAAAGUCCUCAAGUGAGGGGAGGAGGAAGCAGAUAGAUGGUCCAGCAGGCUUGAAGCAGGGUAAGCAGGCUGGCCCAGGGUAAGGGCUGUUGAGGUACCUUAAGGGAGGGUCAAGAGGGAGAUGGGCAAGGUGCUGAGGGAGGAUGCUUAGGGGACCCCCAGAAACAGGAGUCAGGAAAAUGAGGCACUAAGCCUAAGAAGUUCCCUGGUUUUUCCCAGGGGACAGGACCCACUGGGAGACAAGCAUUUAUACUUUCUUUCUUCUUUUUCUUUUUAUUUUUUUGAGACGGAGUCUCGCUCUGUCACCAGGCUGGAGUGCAGUGACACGAUUUUGGCUCACUGCAACCUCCGUCUCCUGGGUUCAAGUGAUUCUUCUGCCUCAGCCUCCCAAGUAGCUGGGAUUACAGGCGCCCACUAAUUUUUGUAUUCUUAGUAGAAAUGAGGUUUCAACAUAUUGGCCAGGAUGGUCUCGAUCUCUUGACCUCUUGAUCCACCCGACUUGGCCUCCUGAAGUGAUGAGAUUAUAGGCUUGAGCCGCCGCGCCUGGCUUAUACUUUCUUAAUAAAAAGGAGAAAGAAAAUCAACAAAUGUGAGUCAUAAAGAAGGGUUCGGGUGAUGGUCCAGAGCAACAGUUCUUCAAGUGUACUCUGUAGGCUUCUGGGAGGUCCCUUUUCAGGGGUGUCCACAAAGUCAAGGCUAUUUUCAUAAUAAUACUAACAUGUUAUUUGCCUUUUGAAUUCUCAUUAUCUUAAAAUUGUACAGUGGAGUUUUCCAGAGGCCAUGUGACAUGUGAUUACAUCACCUUUCUGACAUCAUUGUUAAUGGAAUGUGUGCUUGUAUGGUCUUGUGUUACAGUCUUUUUCAGUUUUAAUUUCUAAUGUAGUGAAUUGAUAGAUGUAAAUCGUAUGAACAAAAGCUCAAUGAUUUUUUUUUUUUUUUUUGAGACGGAGUCUCGCUCUGUCGCCCAGGCUGGAGUGCAGUGGCACAAUCUCGGCUCACUGCAACCUCCACCUCCCAGGUUCAAGCGAUUCUCCUACCUCAGCCUCCUGAGUAGCUGGGACUACAGGCCUGCGCCACCAUGCCCAGCUAUUUUUUGUAUUUUUAGUAGAGACGGGGUUUCACCAUGUUGGCCAGGCUGGUCUCGGACUCCUGACUUGAGGUGAUCCGCCUGCCUUGGCCUCCCAAAGUGCUGGGAUUACAGGUCUGAGCCACUAUGCCUAGCCUAAUGACUUUUAAGAGUAUAGAGGAAACCAAAAAGUUUGAGACUCACUGGUCUAUAGAACUGGGUGGGGAGAAGAAAGUAAGGUGUUCUAAGAGAGCUCUUCUUGCUGGGCACCGGUGGUCCCAGCUACUUAGGAGGCUAAGGCCGGAAGACCGCUUAAACCCAGGAGUUCGAGGCUAUGAUCACACUUGUGAAUAGCCUCUGCACUCCAGCCUGGGCAAAUAGUGAGACCCCGUCCCAGAUAAAAAUAAAUAAAUACAUAAAUACAUAAAUAGCUCCUCUGGAAGAAGGGGCUCGAGGCUGGGACAGGAGCAUGUGUGGGGUGCCUUUUUUUCAGUGACCAUUAGUCUGGUCUGACUGAGCUGGGUCUCUGACCCUCUGGGGAUAACUAGUCUGGGUCAAAGUCCCAGAUCUCCCCCUACCUUCACCUUUUCUUUUCCCCCUUGACCCUCAGACUGAACAGUUAACCCACUGACCUUCCACACCCAAGGGGGUGGUUCUUGGAAGCAGAGCUAGGAUGUGGGAGGUCUGCCUGUGGGGUUGAAAAAAAGGGGAGAGGGUGCCCUUUUUCCUUGUCAUGCUUCCUCCUCUUUCUCAUAAAAAUCAGAGACUGAAA